AUGAAUAGGAUAUUCUCCCGGCCGGCGUCCCACCUCCGGCAGCUCCGGCGAUCGUUCACAUCCCGGCGCCACCACCACCACCCUCCCCCACACGACCCGACCGCCGCCGCCGCCGCCGCGGACGAGCCGAACUCCCUGACCAUCCUAUGGCACUACCAGAUCCUGGACCCGAACAGCGACAUCGUCAACCUCUGGAACCACAUCUUCCUCAUCUCGUGCCUCGUCUCCCUCUUCAUCGACCCCCUCUACUUCUACCUCCCCUACGUUGAGGACGGCGCCGCCUGCAUGAACAUCGACAUCUCCGCCUCCAUCCUCAUCACCUACUUCCGCACCGUCACCGACUUCUUCUACUUCCUCCACCUCCUCAUGAAGUUCCGCAUGGCCUUCGUCGCCCCCAGCUCCCGCGUCUUCGGCCGCGGCGAGCUCGUCAUGGACCCCCGCCAGAUCACCCUCCGCUACCUCAAAUCCGACUUCAUCGUCGACCUCUCCGCCACCCUCCCCCUCCCCCAAAUCCUCAUCUGGUACGUCAUCCCGGCCACGAAGACGGACGGGGGCGGCCAUUCCAACAAUACGCUAGCCCUCAUUGUGCUCAUCCAAUACAUCCCGCGUCUCUUCGUCAUCUUCCCACUCAACAACCGGAUCAUCAAGACCACGGGCUUCAUUGCGAAGACGGCUUGGGCUGGGGCGGCUUACAAUCUCCUCCUCUUCAUGCUCGCCAGCCAUGUGAUUGGAGCGUCGUGGUAUCUGUCCUCGAUUGGGCGGCAGCAUUCGUGCUGGAAGCAGAGGUGUAAUGAGGAGAUCUACACUCCUCCGCAUUGCAAUGUCAAGUUUCUUGAUUGCUCCAAGAUUAAAGCGAUGGGAGCGGAGCGGGAGAACUGGUUGAAUCUCACCACUGUUCUUGCUCGCUGCGAUGCCAAGAAUGGGGAUUCGGAUUUCAAGUUUGGUAUCUUUGCUGAGGCCUUCACUAGCCAAGUCGCCUCGUCUACUUUCAUGGAGAAGUAUGUCUACUGCCUCUGGUGGGGCUUGAGAAAUUUGAGUUCGUACGGGCAGACUUUGAGCACAAGCACGUUUGUUGGAGAGACCGUUUUCUGCAUAGUUCUGUGCAUUUUUGGGCUGAUUCUGUUUGCACAGUUGAUUGGGAAUAUGCAGACUUACUUGAGCUCAAUGACAUUGAGGCUAGAAGAGUGGAGAAUCAAGAGGAGAGACAUGGAGGAGUGGAUGAGGCACCGGCAGCUGCCACCGGACUUGCAAGAUCGCGUGCGUCGCUUCGAGCAAUACAGAUGGCUGACAACAAGAGGAGUGAAGGAGGAAGAGAUUCUCAAAUCCCUACCUCAAGACCUCCGCCGCGAGAUACAAAGACACCUCUGCCUCAACUUAGUUCGUGGCGUGCCCUUCUUCGCGCAAAUGGACGACCAGCUUCUCGACGCGAUCUGCGAGAGGCUGACGUCGUCCCUGAGCACGCAGGGCAGCUAUAUCGUCCGCGAGGGGGACCCCGUGGACGAGAUGCUGUUCGUGAUCCGAGGCCAGAUGGAGAGCUCCACCACCAACGGGGGGCGGUCGGGCUUCUACAACUCGAUCACGCUGAGGCCGGGAGACUUCUGCGGGGAGGAGCUCCUGACAUGGGCGCUCCUGCCCAACUCCUCGCAGAACCUCCCGUCCUCGACGCGGACGGUGAAGACGCUGACGGAGGUGGAGGCGUUCGCGCUGAGCGCGGAGGAGCUGAAGUUCGUGGCGAUGCAGUUCAAGAGGCUGCACAGCAUGAAGCUGCAGCACGCGUUCAGGUACUACUCGAACCAGUGGAGGACGUGGGGGGCGUGCUUCCUGCAGACGGGGUGGAGGAGGUACAAGAAGAAGAAGCUGGCCAAGGAGCUGGCGCUGCACGAGAAUUCGGGGGGAUCGCACGGCCACCACAUCGGGGCCACCAUCUUGGCCUCGAAGUUCGCUUCGAAUACGAAGAGGGGGAUUGCGCAGAAGCUGAGGGAGGCGCAGGCGACGGCGGCGGCGUCGACGACAUUCAGCCUCGUCAAGCCGGAUGAUCCUGAUUUCACUGAGGAGGUUUAGUUUUGCUUUGUUUUUAACAAAACUGUCUUUCUAUGUAUGUAUGUUACAUGUAUCACUCUUUCUUGCUUCAUUCACACAUUUGUGUAUAUAUCUU